GACACACACACAGACACACACACAGACAGAAACCCAGCCGGAGAUUGCGAGCGAGAGAAGGAGCCGGAGCCGGACAGAGACACACACACAGACAGAGACCGGUCGGGGAGCCCUGGGCGGGUUCCCGGCCAGCCGGCUCCCGGCCCGAGACGGACGAGACGGAGGCCCGACCGGCCGACCCGGGGCGCGCCCGAAGAUGGAGAGGACCCACGAGGAAGGCCAGCCCCCGCCGGGAGACGGGCGCCAAGGCCCGGCCCCGAACGACCCUUACUCGGUGGAGACGCCCUACGGCUUUCACCUGGACCUGGACUUUCUGAAGUACGUCGACGACAUCGAGAAAGGGAACACCAUCAGGAGGAUCUGCGUCCGCAGGAAAGCCAAGCAGGCCAAGUUCAGCACCCUGCCCCGGAACUUCAGCCUCCCCGACGAGGGCCGGAGGCCCGGCCGGCCGCCCUCGGGCCCGGCGGGGCCCACGGAAGCGUCCGUCGAGACGGGGCCGGUUGCCCGCUUGCCACCCCCAGGGGAUGGGCAUCCCGGGCCCUUCUGCGGGCCGCAGCUGCAGGUGGCCACCGGGCCCGAGGAGGCCGGCGGGAGAGGGAGGCCGCAGUUGCUGAGGGCCUCUAGCAUGCCCGUCGCCCUCCCCGACGGCUCGGACGAGGCUGGCCCAAAGGCCUCUCCCGCACGGCUCCCGAUCCUCCCACGGCUGCGGGAUGAAGCGUGGGUCUCCGAGGGCACCUUCGGCCCCGCGCCAGCGGUCCCCGAUGCCCUCGGACACCCGCCCCCACCUCGGCACCGAGGCCGGGAGGCCGAGGAGCCGAUGCCAACGGUGUCCGAACGAAGCUGGCCGGAGGUAGACCUUCCUCCAGGGGAGGAGGAAGAGGCCUCCCGCCCGCCCAUGGCUUCACCGCGCCAGGAUCCGCUCACGGGCACAGAGGGACCGGGCGAAGACGCCGAGGCCCGGCUCGAGGGUCCCUUCCCCAGUCCGCCCCCGCUCCCAACGCCCGCCCUCGAAAACCAGCUCCUGACGGAAAUAGAGCUCAACGUCGGGGAAGUCCCGCCGCCCGGGAAGGCCGCUGCCCGGAGCCCGGGCCUCGACGCUUCGUGGCAGGAAGAGGAAGGGCCCGGUGGCGUGGCCGCCCUGAAGGAGCAGGUCGCGGAGCUCGAGAGGGAGCUGGAGCGGAGGACCGAGGCCCUGCAACGGGCCAGGGCCGCUCUCCGCCGGCGGGCCGGAGAGGUGGCCGGCACCGCCCGGACGGAAGGCCUCGGCCACACCGAGCCGGGCGGGCCGCCAGGGCGAGGCCUCAGAGACGCCACCACCAACACGGAGCCCCUCGAGGGAGGUCCGGUCAGGGCCUCCCGCGACGAGGCCGGCCGCGUCCGCCUUCCGGAGGCCGGGGAAGAGGACCUGGGCCUGGAUGUGGCGCGGCCCCGUCGGGCUGAGGAAGGAGGAGAGUCAGCCGAGACCCUCCCUCUGGGACCCGAAGCCAACCCGGAAUCCCCCGCCAGCCCCCCGCCGUAUCUCUUGACCGAACUUAAGAUCGAGGAAGGAGGACUGGAUGGCCGGGGCCAGGAGGAGAGUCCGGGUGGGAAGCGGAAGGAUGGGCCCGAGGGCGAAGAUGGCUGCUCCGCCUCAGGCCCGGACCCAGCCUCUUUGGAUGGCGUUCCCCUUGGGCGGCCGGAAAGAGGGGGCCGGGAAGAGCCGCGGCCCGGCGGGGGGACGCCGGCCGACGCCACGCUGGGCCAGUACGUGAAGAAGAUCCAGGAGCUGCUGCAGGAGCAGUGGCUCUGCCUGCAGCAUGGCUACCCCGAGCUGGCCAGUGCCAUCAAGCAACCGGCCUCCAAACUCAGCUCCAUCCAGUGCCAGCUGGUGAACUCCCUCAACCUGCUGCUGUCGGCCUACUCCAAACAAGCCCCGGCCCGGGACCCGGCCGAGGACCCCGUCCCCGACUCCCGGCCCCCGGGGAUGUCCCCGUCUCCCAGCCUGAGGUCCAUAAUGAAAAAGAAGGAAUCCGGCUUCCCGCCUGGCAGUCCCGGGACCAAAAAGAACCUGCAGUUCGUGGGGGUGAACGGCGGGUACGAGACCACCUCCAGCGAAGAGACGAGCGGUGAAGACAGCCCCGCCGAGGGCCUCUCCGACAGCGAGGCGGAGGGGAGGUGCGAGGCCCCGGACCGGGGGAGCGUGCGGGACGCCGCCGAAACUUCCCGGGGACCCUCCGAGACCCCCGGCCUGGAGAGAGGAGGAUCGGGAGACCGCUGGGCGGCCGGCACGCCUCCCAGGUCUGAGAGGUCCAAGCCGUCGGAAGAGUUUCUGUCCGGGUGCCAGCUGCUGAGCAGACAUCUUGCGGACCUGAAGACCAGCGUGGACCCUCUCGUGAGACGGAGCUACGAGGCCGUCAGCCAAGAAUGGUUCAGGGUCUCCGGUCGGAAAUCGUCCAGCCCCGCCGCCGUGGCCGCUUACCUUGAGGGGUGCCGGGCCGUCCACCCCGCGGCCCUGGAGAUGCUCGUCAACCUGGCCGACGGGAACGGGAAUACGGCCCUCCACUACAGCGUCUCCCACUCCAACUUCUCGGUGGUGGAGCGUCUCCUGGAGACAGGCGUGUGCCACGUGGACCUCCAGAAUCACGCCGGGUACACGGCUGUGAUGAUCACCCCUCUGGCAGCAGCCGACACCGAGGAGGACGCGGCCGUGGUCCUGAGGCUGCUGAGGGAAGGAGACGUGAACAUCCGGGCCUCUCAGGGAGGGCAGACCGCCCUGAUGCUGGGGGUGAGCCACGACCGCGGGGACAUGGUGAGGGCCCUGCUGAGGUGCCGGGCGGACGUCAACCUGCAGGACCACGCGGGGACCUCGGCCCUGAUGCUGGCGGCCCGGCACGCCAACGCCGACAUGACCAGGAUCCUCCUUAGUCACCCGGGGUGCGAUGCCUCGCUGACCGACAAGGCCGGCCGUUCGGCCCUGUCCAUCGCGCUGAGGUCCCCGGGCCAGGGGGAAGUGGCUGAGCUGCUGCGGGCCCACGUGGAGGGCGGAGGGUCCGCCCGCCCUUAGCGACGCCAAGGACGCACGGCCCCUUCCCCGCCGGCCCGGACGCUGCCGAGAGGGACGGAGGAAAACCGUCCGGGCCCGGGAAGGGAGAAGCCACCCGGCCUAAUCCCCAUCCUUCCCCGAGCGACGCGUCGAGGCGGGCGCGGAGCCGGAGGAGCGUGGCCGGGCCCACGCGACGUCACCCGCUUGACACCGGAUACACGUCGUCCCGUGGCACGACUUCACGCCCGCCGUUUCGCGGGGGGACGGGGAACUUGCCCGGGUCUUGGGGGUGUCUCCGGAGGGACCCCGCUCUCCCGUUCAAACUCGAGACACGUCCCCCCGGUGACGGUAGGCCGGACGCGGGGGAUAGAGAUGCCCGGCGCCGUAUCCGAACCAGACGGGGGACCGGCCGGCUGGAAAGUGGAAGCACAGAGAGCGGGGAGGGGGUCACCGUCCGGGGCUCGGCUCAGCGGGGACGGGGCGGGAGUCCAGCGGGGAUCCCACUCCCAGGGAUGUCCGGGUUCUGGAGUCGGCCUCGCCGUGGGGCUUAGCAUUCCCAGACCAGUCGAAGUGAAUCCAUUCAUUCCCAAGGCCCAGCUUGGGAGUCACUGGCCGAGAAUGGGUCGGAAAAGUCUCUUCCCGCUCUCUCCCAAGCCAGCUCCUCUUAAGGCAGGCAGAGCUAGGGGUGAGGGGUCAGUUCAGCCCUCAGUCUGUCCGCUCACCGUCCGGUUGCGGGAAACCAUCUCAGCCGGGCCCAUUUCUGAGGAAUUUUGAUCCCCCGAUUCUACCGUCCACCCCGCUACAGCGGAGGUUCGAGCUCCCGCACCCUCCGUCCGCGCCUUCCUUCAGCAAUCCCCCCUUUCCCGGGACCCCCUGCUAUGCUCCGACGCGCUGUGCGGCCUUGGGUGCGCCGCGCGGCCUCUCUGGACUUCUGUUUCUUCCCCUGGAAAUUAAAGGGAAUCUCUAGGCUCAUUUCCUACCUCAUGGGGACGGCCGCGAGAAGUCGCCGGUCGUUGGGUUGCCUGGGCCUCCGCGAAACACGCACGUCCACGGUGUCCGUCCUUCCGGCCGGUUUAGAGGGUCAAGCCAGAGGGAAACUGAAGGUUGAGAAGGAAGGCCGGCACUCAGCCCGGGGGGAUGAGAAUCAGCAACAUCUAUAAAA